ACACACAGCAACGAAGAGUCCGGGGAGAAUAUCCGGGUCACAAAGGUCGGCCUGUCAUUGGCGGAAUGCUCCGGUUGGCGGUAUGCGGGAGACGGCCGGUGGGGCUUCUCCGGGUCACGUGCUGGGGAGCGGUGGGGGGCCGAGUGUGUCCUCCCCUCCCGGAAAGAGGAGCGGAGAGUGCAAGCCUAGGGGCUCCCUGUCAGGUACUACAUGGCUUGAGACCCGUUCAUUUCUUCAGUACGUCACCCAGUUCUUCACUCCCCGAAGAAGGCAGAUUGGUUUAUACCGGUAAUAUGGGCAGGGCAGUCCUCGGUGUGAAGUUCUUCUCCUAUUCCACCAGCAUUGCUAGCUUGUUUCUUAUGCCGUAUAUUUUGCUGAAGACUGGUAUUGGAGUGGACAGCCUUGUUCUGAAAGUAUUAUUCUGCAGUACAGUGGGAUUCUUCACUUUUGUCACCCCCGUUACUCUGCACAUAAUAACAAAGGGAUACGUGGCUCGCUUGUAUCACAACAGCGACAGAGACUUGUUCACUGCAGUUACAUAUAACGUCCUUCUUGCAGAAAAGAGGACUGUGUUUUCUCCUGCCGAUGUGGAGGUCCCUGGAGUGAGUAAGAUGUUCACAACCUUCUAUGCUAAGAAGAAAUCCAUGCUGGUCAAUCCAGACCUCUUCCCAAAUCCCUGGGACUACCAUCACCUUAUGGGCUUUGAUAAACCCUUCACCUUUAGUCCCGAAGAUCUGGAUAAGCCCUCAAAGGACCAAUAAAAGCUUUCUUUGUGUGUGA